AUGGCGCUCUCAUUAAACGCAGCCGUCGUGCUGGCUGGCGUCAUCUCGCACAUCGCCUAUUUCAAGCAAGGAGAGCACCACCUCUACGGAUUCUUUUACCUCAAACUCCUCCUCACAGCUAUGUCUACAGCAACUGUCAUGCUCUCCUACGUCCAGGGAGCCCCCUGGAGAGUCGCACUAUCGACCGUCCUCAAGCUGCUAUCUGCCUACCUCUUCGGUAUCUAUACCAGCCUCCUAGUGUACCGCCUCCUCCUCCACCCUCUGAACCGGUUUCCAGGGCCUUUCCCUGCCCGCAUCUCGACAGUCUGGACCUCUACUCAACUAAAGAGCAAUAAUAUGCACCUCACCCUACUGCAUUAUCAUCGAAAGUACGGCCCCUUCGUGCGUAUCGGCUCUUCAGAUCUAUCAAUAGCCCACCCCGACGCCCUGGGGCCCAUCUACGGCACCCACUCGCGCUGUAUAAAAGGGGCGAAUUACGAGCUUUCUGCACCGGCAACUGCGCUGCAGCUCAUGCGUGAUCCCGAAGAGCAUCAUGCUCGCCGCCGGGUUUGGAGCGGCGCAUUCAGCGAUCGGCUCUUGCGGGGCUAUGAGGUGAGGAUCAGAAAAUACCGCGAGAAACUGCUUGAUAGACUCUCCGAAAUGUCCAGUAGGAAGGAGCCCGUUGAUGUGACGAAGUGGUUCAACUUAUACUCCUUUGACGUGAUGGGAGAUCUAUCCUUCGGCCGGGGGUUUGAGGCUCUUGAGAGGGGCGAGGAGCACUGGGCAAUGAGGCUGCUUAUGGCAACGCAGAACUUCGUGGGACUGAAUUUGCCGGCUUGGGCGUUUGUCCUGAUGAUUAGAAUUCCUGGGGCCUCAAUGGACUUUUGGAGGUUCUUGGAGUUCUGUGGGGAGAGGCUGCUGGACAGGUUCAAGAAUGACCCCGAAAUCCCCGACAUCAGCUCCUCGUUAUUCGUUCCGCUAAAGGACAGAAACGUGGAAGAUCUCACGAUUGAGGAGAAGAACCUACUAUACGGCGACUCCCGGCUGAUCGUCAUUGCAGGGAGUACCAGUGACACCACAGCCGGAACCCUCUCGGCCAUCUUCUACGAGCUCGUCCAACACCCCGAGCAUAUCACCAAGCUCCGCGACGAGCUUGAACCACACCACCUCGGGAACGACAACCCCAAAAAGACAGAAUUCCUGCACUCGAAGAUUGCUCAACUAGACCAUCUCAACGGCGUCAUCAACGAAGCACUCCGCCUCUACCCUGCUGUUCCGUCCUCGUUGCAGCGGAAAACCCCGCCAGAGGGGGUUGUCGUCGAUGGCACGUAUAUACCGGGGGACAUGCAUGUGGUCUGCCCGUUAUACACCAUUGGACGGUCCGAGAUAGCCUACGACCACCCCGAAGACUUCAUCCCUGAGCGCUGGUAUAGCAAGCCAGAACUGGUCAGACACAAGGGCGCCUUUGCGCCAUUUAGUCUUGGUCACUUCAACUGUAUCGGCCGACCCCUAGCACUCAUGAACCUCCGCGUCACACUCGCACAGCUGAUCAUGGAGUUCGACGUGAAGUUUGCGCCAGGCGAGGACGGGAAACAGUUUCUGGCUGACGCGAAGGAUAAUUUCGUCAUGUACUUUGGGAAGUUGGAGUUGGCCUUUACCAGGAGGGAGAGGCAGAAAGAAUGA